AUAACGUCAUUGAUAUACGGUCUGUGGUCAUAUACCAACAAUGUUUGUUACGGUUUGUGAGACGAAUGAUGGAGGGUUGCUAAGAUGUCUGUCAUAUCUGAGAGGAAGUGAGUCCAAUCUACCUCCAUACUUUAAUACUUCUUUAAGAUUGCGUUUCACAACACAUUUAGUUUUGAUGAACUAAUACAUAGACUUGAUCGCCUGCUAUUUUCAAAUGUGACUUUCAAUUAGAAAAUAUGUUUCCGUCUUUAUUAAGCCAUCCUUGUUAUCAUGACGAUGAUAUACGUCAGAGGCUUUUUAACAAAUAUCAUUUUUAUAAAAUGACUUCCUAUAUUAGAUAUUUUAACAGGAGAUAGUUCUUGUCAUAGAUGGAUAAUCUAACAAUAGACUCAUUCUUAUUGUUAAACAAUACCAAUGCCACAUGUCCUGCACCUCUUUUAUGGACUCAAGCUGUUGUUGAAGACGAAAAAGCUGCACUUACCAUUUGUAUUAUUGCUUCAGUUAUUCAUACAAUAUUUUGGUUUCAAUUGAUUUUUUCUUCAUCCAUUCGACAAAAAUCAAUGCAAUGGAUCUAUGCUUAUCUUCUUACUGACAUUUUUCUUCUUUUUCGCUUUUACUUUUCUUAUACACUUCAUACAACGUAUACUGAAUGUAAUCCAAGCAGAUCACGAAUUGUAUUUAUCUGCUAUCUUGAAGCAAUACUUGAUAAUUAUUUUAACAUACUUAAAGUAUACAUUCUAUUCAUUCUGAAUGUAUGUCGUUAUGUACAAAUAGUAUACAAUCAAAAUGUAUAUGAAGUCCAUAAGUAUCUACUAAUCUUAGCUCAUGUCCUUAUCUAUGUAAUUCCAUUAAUUGUUUACAUUGCUCCAUGUCUUCUUGGUUGGACUGAUGCAGGUGGAUUUAUUAGAGAUACUUGUGUAAUAUUUUAUGCAAAUACUUAUAUUCAAAUAUUUAAUACAAUUUUUGCAUUUGCAUUACCUAUUUUUCUUAAUAUCUUAGUAAUGUAUGCUAGUAUUCAUCAUGUUCGUGCAAAAGCAGCUUUACAAAAAUCUCAACAUUAUGUUUCAGCUCGUGAAAAGUUGAAUCGUUCAUUAGUUAUUCAAUUUAUUUGUUUUUAUACUGUUUGGGGUGGACUUUGGUCACCAAAUAUUAUUGUUUAUCAAGCGUCAAUUAACAAGAAAGAUCUAAUUUAUAUUGUUGGACUACUUAAUUAUAUCAAUGUUGCAAUAGAUCCAAUAAUUGUUGCAGCAUUAGACUUUCGUCUUUGGCAUGCAUGGCGAAAACACGUAAUUCGUGUAAAAAGAACUGUACUCUUCCAAAAAAUCAGUCAUGGACGAGUUAAACCUUCAACAGCAAAUGUCAAUACAAUUUCGGCUAGAACUCCGCGACAAAAGACAACUACUAUGUAA